AUGGUUGUCAAGAUCCGUCUCGCGCGCUUCGGGCGCCGAAAUUCCCCGUUCUACAAUAUCGUCGUGGCCCAUGCACGCACGGCACGAAACUCUCGCCCACUCGAGGUUCUCGGCACCUACGAUCCUGUCCCCAAGCCCGAUCCUUACGACAAUUCAGGAAAGCUCCACAAGGAUAUCAAGCUCGAUACACAGCGCGCCAAAUACUGGAUCGGUGUUGGCGCCCAGCCUACCGACACGGCGUGGCGAUUGCUGUCCAUGGUCGGAAUCCUGCCGAAGAAGGUAUUCGGACCCAAGCCCAGCGAGAAAAACGAGACAGUCGAUGCGGAAAAGGUGAAGAUUCGAUAA